AAAAAUUAACCACUUUAGAUUUGAUUGGUAUUUAUUGUAAUUUUCUAUUUUCCGUGUUUUGGACACUAGAAAAUACCCCGGAAGAACGGCCUCAAUCUCUCCCCGGCGGCUCCGGAUUUUGUUCGCUUCUGUCCCAAAACCACAAGUAAAACCCUUUCCCUUCUGCUUCUGCUUCUGCUUCCAACCACAUUAUCUACAAACACACCACCAAAUCUAACUCCAACCGGAGCUCCGGCAUCGACUGAUCCAACGUCAACGGAUUUCAGCUCAGAAUUGGCCGUUUCAAGAGGAGGUACAUUCGGAUUGGUUGAAGAUGCAGCCGGAAUGGUAUAAUGAAGGUAUUAGCAAUUCAGUUUGGGGAUCGAGAUCUAAACGGUUUUUCAGAUAUUUCUCCGAUACGAUCUGUCUUCCGUUAUUAUCCGCCAUCAUGACAGCAACUUCUAGAUCCUCUGUUCGUCUCCUCUUCUUCCUCCUAUUCAUGUUCGUCGCCGCCUUCCUUUCCACUCGCUUGAUAGACGCCACCAAUUCCGUAACUUCAGUAGCUGAAAAUCCCUCUGGGAGUUCGGUGCAAACUACCACAACAGUGCACACUGAACCUACCAUAACUCAAGUUAUUUCCAAAAAACCACCCAAGAAAAUUGAAAUUCCAUUGAACUGCUCUUUGGGCAAUCUCGCUCGAACAUGCCCAGCUGAUUACUACCCAAAAAUAUUCAAAAUACAAGAUCUGGAAUACACUUCUGAGCCACCACAUGAGUGCCCAGAAUACUUCCGUUGGAUUCAUGAAGAUCUAAAGCCAUGGAAGGAGACGGGGAUCACGGAAGAGAUGGUGGAAAGGGCUAAAAGAACAGCAAAUUUUCGUCUAGUGAUAUUGAACGGAAGGGCUUAUGUUGAGACGUAUCAGAAGUCGUUUCAGUCUAGAGAUGUUUUCACUCUUUGGGGGAUCCUGCAGUUGUUACGAAGGUACCCUGGGAAGGUGCCAGAUUUGGACCUUAUGUUUGACUGUGUUGACUGGCCGGUCAUCUUGAAGAAAUUCUACCGUCGGCCUAAUGCGGUUGCCCCACCACCAUUGUUUCGUUACUGCAGUGAUGAUUCCACUCUAGACAUUGUUUUCCCAGAUUGGUCUUUCUGGGGGUGGCCCGAGAUUAAUAUAAGGCCAUGGGGAUCUUUGUUGAAGGACCUAGAGGAAGGAAACAUGAGGACUAAAUGGAUAGACAGGGAACCAUAUGCUUACUGGAAGGGUAAUCCAGUUGUUGCCGAAACCAGAAUGGACCUCCUUAAAUGCAAUGUCUCUGAAAAGGAGGAUUGGAACGCUCGUGUCUUCGCCCAGGACUGGUUUAAAGAAUCACAGCAAGGUUAUAAGCAAUCAGAUUUGGCUAGCCAGUGUGUCCACAGAUAUAAGAUUUAUAUCGAGGGAUCUGCAUGGUCAGUGAGUGAUAAAUAUAUUCUCGCUUGUGAUUCCGUCACUUUUGUGGUGAAGCCACGCUACUACGAUUUCUUUACUAGAGGGUUGAUGCCCGUUCACCAUUACUGGCCUAUUAAGGAAGACGACAAGUGCAGAUCCAUUAAGUUUGCAGUCGAUUGGGGCAACAACCACAAGAAAAAGGCGCAAGAGAUAGGAAAAGCAGCAAGUAGUUUCAUUCAAGAAGAUCUGAAAAUGGACAAAGUAUACGACUACAUGUUCCAUCUUCUAACGGAAUACUCGAAGCUCCUGAAAUACAAGCCCCAAGUACCUGAAAAAGCAGCCGAGCUUUGUUCAGAAGCAAUGGCUUGUUCUUCACAGGGGUUCGAAAAGCAAUUCAUGAUGGAGUCCAUGAUCAAAGGCCCGGCAGCGGUGCACCCCUGCACCAUGCCACCACCGUACGAACCUCAAGCUUUAAAAUCUCUUCUUAGGAGAAAAACAAACUCUAUACUACAAGUUGAAAAAUGGGAGAAAGGGUAUUUCGAAAAUCAAAAUAACAAACCUUAAAUCCCUGUAUUUGCUUCAUUCUAUUAUUAUGUUGUAUAAUUGUCUUGCCGUUA